UCUGUAAUAUAUUAGAAUUUAGAAUCUAGUGCCCCCUAGAUUUUCAUCACAAACUUUUUCAUCAUAUAAACCGUUAGGUACACUUUCCCGUGUUACAUGAAAUAUAACUUUAAUUUUUAGAAUAAAUCAAUAUCGUACAUUUAUAUUUCCUAUGUAUAUACAUUGUUAUGAUACAAGUGUCUUUUUCACAAAUGAAAAGUUCAAGAGUACAACUUGUUAAUUUUAUCCAAGCAGUUUUACAAUGGCAAAGUCAAAUCUGAAGAAGAACUGUAGAAAGAACUUUGUGAACUAAUUAUAUACGCAAUUAACGGCAUAGUUGUUUCCUCUUUUGUCUGAUACUUUAUUAGUAAACUAAUUUACUAAUUGAGGGAAAUCUGCUGUCAGUAAAGAUACCAAACUAGAUAUGAUAUGUGGCGUAAGAAAGAUCGCGCCACGAUAGCUUCGAGGACGCUUGCAAUGGUGGAAAAUGGAGUCUAUUAACCUGUGAUGUUGAUACAACUGUUUUUAAUCAUAAAAAAGCUUUUCAUGGAAUUAAAAUGGCUGGUAAAGUGUGGAAUACAGAUAUAUGGAAAGCAUGGGAUAAACAUGGAAAAAACGAUUUAAUAUUGAUGCGGCAAUAUCAUCUGCAAUAGUGGAUAUAUUUACACUGAUAGACGCGGAAGCACAUAACGAAGAAAGAAAUAAUUUUUAUUAUCUUGUAAAAGAAUCAGAAAAGUUUCUCACAGAUAGGAUAUUGAAGGAACGUUUAGACAUUGACACAUUGCAAGAUGUAGGAACACUGAAAAAUAAGAAUUUCCAAAUCAAAUUCAUCAAAGUGAAGACAAAAUUUUAUAAACAACGGAAGUUUAAUUUAUUUCGAGAGGAAAGCGAAGGAUAUUCUAAACUUAUAGUGGAAUUGAAUCAGGAACGCCCAGAAAAUGAAGUAGCAUCGAUAUUGGAAAUUGUUAAGUCUCUUAUCGGAUAUUUUAAUCUCGAUCCUAACAGAGUGCUCGAUAUUUUGUUAGAAACUUUUGAGAAUCGACCUCAAGACGAUGCACUUUUUAUCCCUUUAAUUCGCUCGUACAUGAGUGAUCAGCAGGUACUCUGCGAAGUUUUAGGAUUUAAAUAUUGUUCGACUGUCAAUGUUACUCCAUUUUCAUUGCAAAAAGUUACUGCGCUUAUGUUGCAACACGGUGUCAUUAAAUUGGACGAUAUAUUGCCAUGGUUAGUGCCAGAUGAUAAGACAAUUAUUAAAGAACACGAACAAGCAAUGAAACAGGCGAAAGAAUACGUUCGCAAGUUGAGCGUAAUUUCUACGAAAGACAAGGAGGACAUACUAGAAGAGAAGGAAAAUCCACAGGAUAAGUAUGCAAGUAAUCAAAAGUUCGGAUUAUGUGAAGCACUUCUAGAGAUAGGAGCUUGGGAAGUAGCAGAAAACUUAUUCAAUCGAUUACCUGAACACAGUCUCACCGAUCAACGUCCUAUUGCAUUAGCGUUGUGCAAAAUGAUUCAAUCUCUUAUUGAACCUGUUUAUCGCAAACAUUGUAUAAUAUCGCCAAAAUUGCAAGGUAGAAGAGUUCCGCAAUUAAAGAGCUCUCUUGCUCCAAAGCCAAUCGAGAGUCUUGAGGACAUUCAUGAUCAAUUAUUACCAAUGCUCAUAGUCCUCGGUCCUAAUCUACAUCAUGAUCCUGUUCUGAUGUACAAGAUCAUGCGAUUAUGUCAUGCAGCUAUAAAACAGUGUCCAUUAGACACUAAUAAACAACCAGUUGAUAAAAAUAAUUUGUAUUACGACGUAUUGACUAUUCUCGAUGUGGCGUUACUGCCUUCAUUGUCUUUUAUGGACUGCAACUGUUGCGUUGCAGAAGAAUUGUGGAACAUUUUAAAGUACUAUCCAUAUCAGAAUCGAUACUGUUUGUAUGCUCGAUGGAAGAAUGAUACGCCUUUGCAACAUGCUGCGCUUUUAAGAAAAAGGGCAGAUGCGCAGAAGAAAAUUAAGUCUAUUAUGAAAAGAGUGAGCAAAGAAACCAUAAAGCCCGUAGGAAGAUCGAUAGGCAAACUUACACAUUCGUCACCUGGUGUAUUGUUCGAUUACGUUCUUAUACAAAUCCAGUUAUAUGAUAAUCUUAUAGGUCCUGUUGUAGAUUCCUUGAAAUAUUUGACUAACAUUUCUUACGAUGUACUUGGUUACUGUCUCGUAGAAGCUUUAGCUGGUGCUGACAGAGAUAGAUUUAAGCAUGAUGGCACCAGCAUAUCUCUUUGGCUUCAAUCCCUUGCUUCAUUUUGCGGAGCCAUAUUUAAAAAGUAUAAUAUAGAACUUACUGGUUUGCUGCAGUAUGUAGCUAAUCAACUUAAAGCACAAAAAAGGUACAUUAUAUUAAAAUUAAUUUCUUUCAAUAUAUAAUAAUUUAUUCAUUUCAUGUUGUAUAGAUUCAUAUAUUAUACAUAUAUAUUUUUGAUUUUUAGAAUUUUUUAAGUUAAGAGCAAUUAUUGUUAAUGUGAUAUUUUUAAUCCCUUUCUGCUCGAUUUUAAUUAAAUAAAAAAUAAUCUUUUAUUCUUUAAACAGCUAAACAAAGAAGAUUCUAUAUUUUUCUCUUGAUUUGCUAAGUAAAAAACAGACCACACAUAAAGGAAGUUGAAAUAGUAUUAUAUAUUGUCGUACUUUUCAGUGGUAAUAUUAAUACAAAUUAUUAAUAAAUCACAAUCUUGUUUUCGUUAGUCACAGGAAAAUUAUUACUAAAUAUAUAUUAUGUUCUCAAGGUUUACAUUUAAAUACAUAAAACUUGUCAAUUAUAUUUGAAUUCUUGUUAAAAUCUAUCCAGACAAACAGUGUGUUUUUUUAAAUAGAGAGUUUUCAUAAACAUGGUUGUAAUUAAGUGUAUAUAUGAUAUUGCAGAGGAGAUAUUCAAACAAAAAUUUAAAAAAGUUAAAAUACAAAUUUUGAUCCACUGUUUGUAAUUUCAAAAUAAUUAUUACUCAUGAAUACAUGAAAAAAAUUGAUUAAAUUAUAAUAAAUGUACUAUGAAAACUUUUUAAUUGCAGUGAACAUACAUACACUAUCAUUCUGCUGUAAUAGUUCGUAAAUGGAAACACAUAAUAUCAUUGAGUAAAUAAAAUUUACAAAAUUUUCAUUGCAAAGGAAUUUUACCAAUGAUAAUUUUAAAAGGGUGGCAUAUAAGAUUCUCUCUUCAUUCUUUUCAAACAUGUCUUUGAUUGUAAUAUAAUAUUUUCGUUUUUUAUAUAUUGAUCCGCACAAAAUUCCAUAAAAAUCCAAUACAAAUAGUUGAAGAAGACUGAUAUAAAUUGAUAUAAAUGUUUGACAUUCUGGAGCAAAUUUUAUGGAUUUUAUUUAUUUCUGGAUUAAUGAAUGAUUAUGAAUCAUUAUAUUUUAAUGAAAUAAGAAUUUGUUAUUUUGGAAUAAUGAAAUACAAGUGAUUUGUGGGAUACAUAUUCAUAUAUAUUUUACUAUAAAGAAAAUUAAAAUAUAAGGAAAAAUAA